CUACAGUUUCCUGCCCAGUAGAGAAAGAACAUGACGGAGCAUUACUCCUCUGCUAAUCCAAUCCCAGUCAGUAUUUGGAAGAAGUAUUUGGAAGGACGAGCAGGUUGGUGAGCGGGUUUGUGGCUGCCGUGGUGGUGGUUUGGUUUGAGUCCGAAUUCGGAUGGAUGGCUGGCUGGGGAUGGAGGAGGAACGAACGCAAGCGUCCCCGAGGGAGAGAGAGAGAAGGGAUUCUCGACGGUGAGAUCUGAAACUCCUCCACUUUCUUCCCACAUCUAGAACCCGAUCACAUCAUUUCGUAUCCAACGCUGCCCGGAUCAUCAUCAUCACCCCCUCCCGUCUAAAAUACGACUACUGCCCGGAUCUCAUCCUUCCCUCCGAUUAAUCUCGUCACCUUCAUGAAGAUAUCGACACGACAAAAGUGACAAAAUAACAGCAGAUCAUCUAUUUUCAGAGAGGAACAAUUGAUUGAAAGUUCUUUAAAUCCAAAAAAGGGGAGGUGAAGAAAAAUCGAGAUGAUCGACUCCGCUGCAGUUUCACUGUCACCGAAUGCCCCCAUCGACACGGACGAAGAUGUCCCCAACUCUGCAAGCUGUCCUACAACGAUGUCCAACUCAGAAACUCUGAAACCUCCCUCGGAUGAUCUCACAUCUCUGACAUGGCUGCAAAACAUCAACAUUCUGACCGUCCCGGGACCUCCGACGCCACCAGCGAGCCCGAAGCCACAGUCCAAAAAGUCCAAUCGAAUCCCAGUAUUGAAAGAGUCCGAAGCACACGAAUACAAAACGACGAGAACAGAGAAGCCUCCAUUCUCCUAUGCAAAUUUGAUCUGUAUGGCACUAAUGCGGGCGAAUAAGAACAAAAUGACGCUCAGCGCUAUUUAUGCGUGGAUCAAGGAAAGCUUUCUCUACUACAGGAUUGCGGAUAACUCGUGGUGUAACUCAAUCCGGCAUAAUCUAUCGCUUAAUCGCUGCUUCAUGAAAGUCCCCCGCUCCAAGGACGAGCCUGGCAAAGGCGGCUUCUGGCGCCUUGACCCCGCCUACACGCAAUCCCUCGACAAAGGAGAGAAACCUUACCGUCUCCGAAAACGGAGAAAUCCCCCCAAAAACAAGAACAAAAAUAAGCCACCCUCAAUAAACAACAACUCUUCUAUCGUAACCAACGCCAUGAAACAGAGUGGAAUCACGACCCACGACAUGAUGCAAAUCCAUUCCUGCAGCGAUCUCAACUGUCCGGACACCCAUCCGCCAUACGUCGCUCAAGAAAUGGAAAUCCAGCUCCAAAUUUCCAACAACUCUCAAAACCAACCACACCCACAAUUUGGCACGCCCAAUUCGCCCAGCGCCGGCUCCAUCCCGGGAGGUCAACCCACUAACAACACCGUCCUUCAGCACAUCCACACUUCAACAUCGUCAUCCCCCAACUAUUCCCCCCCGGAGGGGAUCACUCUCCUCCAAAACGUCCAAAUGCUCGACAUCCUCCCGGAAUCCGCGAAUUUAAUGCAGCAAGGAAAAUUCGUCGAGUUGACGACGGCGGAACGAAUUUUUAAUGCGAAUGGGGAAUGUGUCUACGUUUUCUGCACCGCGGAUCAGAGCCUCAACAGCGAUGAUAACCAACAAACUUCGUAUAGCACGACGACCACCACCACGACGUUAUCAUUUGAUAACACAGUUGUCCAAAUGGAGGAUGAAAUGUCGUCAAACCCUGCAAUAGAUUCUCCGGAAUCGUCGGAAUCAUUUCGUCCCCCGACUAAUAAAACUGGGGACCAAAUCCCACCCCCUCCAAGAUCUCCACAAUACCACGAAAUGGGGACACAUCAAGAAUUGACGACGCUCACGAAUGCGCAAGUGACCGCGGAUGUGAUCGAGAUCUCGACCCUGGCCGCGGACAUGGAGGAGGAGACGAGCCAUUAUUCCAUCCAUUUGGGGGGACAAUUGACCCAGUUGACGACGCAGGAAUUGAACACGAUUCAAAUGCCGUGCAACUGGGAUGAGAGGUGUCCAUCGAUCAAUUUCUUGGAGACGGAGUUGGAUCUGGAGGAGUUGAUUAGGAGUGGAGAGUUAUAAAAGGGGGGAGACAGUGGCCGCGGAAGCUGUGGGGACAUGGGGGC